GUUCUUGUACUAUGGCCUUCUUGCAUCUCUGCUUACUCACCUACCCCUUUGGUUGGUCAGCAGGUUUAAAAAAAAAAAAAAAAAGUUAAGAGUAUCUUCUGUCUGGUGUGGACUGAAAUAACAGCUGUAGUAUUUUCUAAACUUUCCCAAGAAAGGUAAUGUUUUCUGGCAGUGAAUGGCAUAUACAAAAAGCUAUUUUUAGGCUUUGCUUUCUAGAUUAAAACUGUAACUAAAUUAAGAGUUAGAAGGAAAUAUCUUGGAUAAAUUCACACUUGAAUCUGAGCCUAAUUGCAUCUUACAUUUGAAAAUGUACAUUCUUUGAAUCGAAGUGUCGUACUGGGAUAGCAGACAGUGGUCACGGAACAGCUCCCCUGUAGUAGAAUUCUUGUUUGUGGCCUCAUGAUUGAAAGUUAUUUCUAGGAAGUGCAUGUUGAGAGUUUAGUAGUAUUUGUUGAGAUGAUUUAUGAGAGAGUGUUCAGUCUUUGGUGGCCUCAGGAGGUAAUAGCAGUUCUUGCACCUGGAGAGGAGUGCAGCCAUCUGUCUUGGAGGGGGUCGGGCUGAAGGGAAAGGAGUGAGUCGUGCCUACCUCACAGUGCUGAGCUGAAUGGCAGCAUGUCCCCGCGCAUGGGAAUUGUCUAGGUUUUGACAAUUCAUAUUUUUUCCCCCAGAUUGUUCUCUAGUGUGAAAUGCCAGUUAUUCUUACCAGGCAGAAAGGAUUCAAUCCUAAACUAAUGUCACUUCCAGGAGAUCGGUGUUUUGUUUUGUUUUUUUUAACCUAGCCCUCAUUUUGCUGGUAAGGAAUUGGGGUGGUUGUGUGUGGGAGCUGCUCAAGGUCACGCUGCUGUGCUUUGACAUUUCUGAACAUACUCCGUUAACAGCCCUGUGAUCUACAGAUGAGGCAAGAAGCAUUUCUCAGAGAUGGGAUGGGAGGCUGAGAUCACAUGGAUAUUCCGUAUGGAGUCCAAAAUGAAAUUGAUGUCUCACUGUGGGCACACUAGGAACACAGGCCGUGAGGACAUGUUUUCCUGCUUUGUGAUGGUUAGGGAGGGAGCGCUUAGAAGGUUGAGUCCCUGAAUCACUCUGUCUGUAACGUCCCUCCUGCUGGCGCCUUUGAACAGGCAAGCACCAUUCUCCCCGUGAGAGGCCUUGUGAAGGGUCAGAGCCCAGCCCUGGAAGCACGAGCCUUACUGUCUAUAGCUUUGGUGGUUGUCCCUACUCUUUGCCUGCUAGGGUGUUUUCUCACUGUGGCUUCUCUGCUGACACUUGAGCACCCCAAGGCCAUGUGUGCCUCUUGGGCUCUGCCUCCUCUUCUGGCCUGUUCAGUGCUGUGCCCCAGGAUUGCAGCUGUCUCGUCUCACUGCACCUGCCCUGGCUUCGUGUUCUUCAUGAGGAUGUCUUCUGAGCUCUGGGCCCGUGGACCCUCUCCGUCCUCAGUACGUGCAUCUACUGCAUGCCAGGUAUGGUUUCAGGUGCUGGGACCCCACUGCAUAGGCACCUCAGAUAUCACUCCUGGCUUAAGGAGUGAUCUCACCAAUUGGAAGCCAGAAACUUGGGAGCCAUUCUAGAUUCCUUUCUCUCUUAUUUCUAGAAUCCAGUGCCCCUUCCAUUCUCUGUGCCGGUGCCUUAGUUCAGCCCCUCGUCUCUAACCUGGACUGUUGGGGAUAUUCUCCGGCUGGUCUCUAAAAUUUCCUGCUGUGUUGUCAUAGGGCCGCAGAGUGCUGAGAACACUAUUUUCAUUCCCUAUUGUCCUCCAUGAUUAAACUUUUAAAUUCAGUAUGGCUCCCGAGGCUCUCCGUGAUCCAGCCCCCUACCCUGCAUUUGAAACCAGCCUGACUAGCCCCCACCCCUUCCACUUUCUCCAGUUCUGUUGUCGCCUACUACACUGAACCUCCUGGAGUCCCCCAGCGUUAUUCCAGGCACACAGUAAGUGCUCUUUGUUGCUUAAUGACGAUACAAAAAGAAGAGCUAUCUUUUUUUUUUUUUUUUCUUUUUCCUGCAGGAUGGAGUAUUGUAAUCACCAAAUGUCCCAAGUGGCUAACGCAGGGCCCUGGAGCAUGGAGGUCACACAGAGACAGCUUGCCCAGCCCAGGGAGAGCAGGUGUGUAACCUCCCAGUGUCUUCCUGGUGUGCUUCUCCUGCUGCCUCCUGGGCCAUGGGCUGGCCAGGGCAGCUGUCACUUUGCUAUGACGGUUAGCUGAGAGGGGAUGGUUUGGGAGAGGAAUCUGUUUUCUGACUGGUCAGGGCUGCACUGCAGUUUUCUCUAAGAUGCAGACUGGAGACCGUUCAAGUAUAUGCUGGAGAUGGAACUCUGUGUAAUUAAUGCUGUUUCAGUAGUGUGAUUAAUUAGUCAUUGGUCUGCAGUGCACAUUGAGGGCAUGUGUCAAAUACUCAGGAAGUCUUUUGAGUGUGGCCAGGGAGUUGUUUCUGAUGCCCUGUCAUGCAUUAAACAGACUGACCUUUAGCCUGGAGGAUUCCCCAAACUUUGCAAUAAAAGAAUGCGUGCACAGGAGGGAAGGGGAUUUUUAUAAUGGCCAAAGAUUUGUCGGCAGCUUUAUAACGCCAAGUCUUCUGUUGCCGUGCUUUAAAAUGAGGGAUUUUGGAACCCAGGGUAAGGUCAGUUGAGGGCUAAUGCCACUUCUCAAUGAAAACUGAAUUGGCUGUUACAAAUUUAGCAUCGUAAUGGCAAAGAGUGACUCACUGGCUGAUUGAAACACGUGUCCUCUGGAAGCAUGGCCCCCGGUCUGCCCUGCGAUCCCCGCAUCGCGGCACCUCCGCUCUGUGCGCGGAGCAGCCUAGCACAAAUGCGGCAGCCCCGGCCGCCCUGCGAGCCCCAACACCCUGGCAGCGGCGGACUGCGCCCGCGCCGGCCCAGGACGAUCGCAACGGGAUCGUUGCCACCCGGCUCUCGCUCUCGGCGAAACCAGGUCCGAUUUGGAAAAUAGCAUUAAAGGAACUUUGGAUUAAAUUAUGAAACCUUCACGGUAGACAUUAGUGAAUGCCUACAGGCGUUUUCGGGUACCCCCGCCCUCGCAUACCCACCUCCCCGCCUCUGCGCCCACCGGUCCGCGCUCUUCCGUGGCCCGCGCGUGCCCGGGCCAAGCCCGGCCGUCACCAAGCCCUCCCCCUCCCCCUCCGCGGCCGGCCUCCCUGAGGCCAGGGGGCGGCGCUGCGGCGGCGCGGGGAGGGCCGCGGGGGCGGGGACGGUGGGCAGGGGCGGUGCGGCCCGGAGCGCGGGGAGCCGAGCGGCGGGCACCGGGGCCGGCAUGGCGUGGCCCUGUAUCAGCCGCCUCUGCUGCCUGGCGCGGCGCUGGAACCAGCUGGACCGCUCCGACGUGGCGGUGCCGCUGACCCUGCACGGCUACUCGGACCUCGAGAGCGAGGAGCCGGGCCCAGGUGGCGCCGCUUCCCGCAGGGGCCCGUCCCCUGCAGGCGCCAGGGACCCCGGCCGGGACGUGCCACUCACUCAAUACCAGCGGGACUUCGGCGUGUGGACGGCGCCCGCAGGGCCCACAGAUGCUCCGCAGGGGCGCGGGUCGAGUGCGGGCGGCCGCAGGAACAAGCCCUCCGCGGCCCCUGGCCGGGGUGUCUACGUGCUCCCCAUCGGCGACGCGGACUCGGCUGCGGUGACCACAUCGUACAGACAGGAGUUCCAGGCCUGGACUGGAGUGAAGCCGCCAAGAUCCACAAAGGCGAGACCCGCCACAGUCGUCACAACCCACAGCUCUGGAUGGGACAGCAGCCCUGGGGGCAGCUUCCAGGUCAGACUGGACCAGGCCCCUGAGGGGAGGAAGAAGUUCACCCCUAACCCAUCAGCCAUCUUUCAGGCUUCAGCUCCCCGGAUCCUCAAUGUGUGACUGGCCACAGCGGAAAUCAGAACCACUGCCGCCAAGAUGGGGCUCUCCUCAGUCGCUAGGGGACUGGAGUGAGAUCUUGGGACUGGCCCUCUGCUGUCUGAGGGCAAGGGCCCGUCUCUCUUGCUGUGGGCACCACCCAGGCUGUGGGCCUGGCGCAGACCAGAGGCGCAGAUGGACACAGCACCACCCAGCUCGGCUUUGGGCCUCAACCGUCCUCCUGUUCCUCCAGAAGUAUACAGAAGGCUUCAGAUCUUUUUUUAAUUGCCUCUUUUGGCCACCCUUCAGUUUUUAAAUCUGAAGCACUUAAGGAUCAAUUCUGUUGUAAACUGAAUUGGUCUGUGCAGGCUGAGGAAUAUGGACUAACACGUGCUUGAAAGAACCAGGAAUAUCCACUUGGUUGUUUUCCCAGGCUGCAUGAGGACGUCGUAACCUACGGUAAUCCAAGGGAGCGUCCUUGGAGAUGCCUACAAAUGGCCCCACACGUUCAGGUUGAAGAAAUCUUGGGUUAUCACCUGCACGUGACUCACGGUGAUGCUGAGUAACUAGGAUGUCAUUUCCAAAAGCAACAGAGGAUCUCAAUCAUAGGCUUUCAAUUUUCAAAGAUAUAAUUUAGGGCCCAGAUGACCCUUAUAUUUUAACAAAAGGCUUCUUGCGAGGAGUGCUUGAAGUAAUGAAUGACAUUGACCUUAUAGGUUUCUGAGCCCCACAUUUUAUUAUUACUAAUUCCAGUUUUUUCCCUUACAGUUGACGACUAGAAGGGAACACCAUACACACUGGCAAAGAACUGGGAGCUUUUUUGGGACGAAGUGGCAUUAGCCUCAUUCCCUGAAAGACUGUAACACGUUAUCUACACCUAGAUGACUCCUACCCUGCUCUCUCACUUACAGUUGGGGGAGCGCACUGUGAGGCGGCAGCUGUCGGCUUUGGAAAGCUGCCUCCUUUGCUGGUAAGUCCCAGCCCACGUGGCCACACGGAGAGAGCCUGGCCCAGUUUGCACAGCCGGCGGUCAGACAUUUGAAGGAAUUUCUGUCCCCUCUUAGAGAUGAGAGGCACGGGCUCAGGGCAGCUUUUGGUAGGGAAAUGCAAGGAUUUCCCUUUGGAUCUUCCUCCCUUUCCAGCCCUCACGCACCGCAUCUGGCGAGCAUUUACUUAAGCUGCAGGCGCCGGCACCACCCACCCCCCCCAGUUCCCCAGCCCUUCAGACUGGCGGCACUGGGCCCUCGGAGGGGCUGGCUCUGGCUGGCACUGCCUUCCUCUUAGUGCAGCAAAGGAAAUGCUCUGAAUCAUUAUAAAGGCAGAACCCAAACCAUAUGCUUACACAAAGGAUUCUGUUAUUUCAGACUUCAUUGGUUUGCAUGUUAGAUGUUUCUAAGAGGAGAGCGUGCUGCUGCGCACUCUGGGAAAUGAACAGAUUAACCGUACAAUCUCAGAUUUUACUAAAAUGCAAAAGUGCACUGUUACAGUUUCUUGUUAGCUUAUUUCUUUAAUCAUGAACCUGGAGCGCCUUCUCAUUCAUCUUUAUCCUCCUCUUGGGCUUUGGCGGAUCAUGGCUCUUACUGGCUGCCCCUUGGAGGCUGACCAAUCCUAAGGUCUCUGGACUGCCAGCCACAGUGGUGUCGUUCGCAAUAUUCACAGGACACACCAUCUUCCCUUCUUUCAUGUACACCGUCCCUCCGAGUCUAGGGUGAAAAGACCAUCUCUGAAGCUAGUCUGGGGCUCAGAUCCUGACUUAUGACUUCUCACUAGCUGUGAGCAGUUUCAGCUUCCGCUUAUCUGCGGAGUAAGGAGAACACCCCACCUUGCUAAGACAGUUCCUGUUCAUGGGCAGGGUGCUUAUUAGAACAGUGAAUGGCCCACAAAGCACAGAUAUGACAAUUGUCCUUUCCUGCCCAGGCCCCCCUCCUCCUUCCCCAGGGGGCCGGCUCUAUUCUCCUUUGCAGCUUUGGCCCAUCUGAUGCCACUGACACAGCCCCUUUCCCUAGACCCUGCCUGUGUCACCCUUCUCUCCCCCAGAGGCUGCAGACUAGACCGAAAGGCUGACCUCAGCCAGCUACCACAGGCCUGCCUUUCCUGGCAGCCUUGGCACUGCAGCAGCGGGAGCACCCCGCCUCACCUGGCCUGCCUCUGAAGGCAGACUGCAUGCCCAAGAACCUUUCUGGAAUGCACCAGAGCAGACAGCUUUCCAUAAAACCCCCAACUCAAUAAUCCUGUCUUCCAGGCUUCAUUAUUAGGAGACCGGGGUUCUGAAGAAGGAACUUCCUCCUGCCCACUCUAGGUUGUAGGGAGGCGUAACAUCAUGUUACUGGAGUGGCCUUCCAAAGCAAUGACACAAUAGUCUCAAGCGUGUGGUACCAACCCACAUCUCACACACAUAUAUAAAAUAGAGGAAAAUGCAGCGGAAUAUUAACGGUUAUCUUUGGGAAGGGGAAUUAUGGGUAACUUUAAAUUUUUUACACCUUACUAUAUUUGCUAAAGUUUCUAUAUAAUAAGCAUUUUUGUAUUAAUUCUGUAAAGAGUAAUGUUUUUUAAAAUAAAAAGUUCAAUCUGUUAGCUAAUUUCAGCCAAAAGCAAGCGUUUCAGUAUCAGUGAUUCCAUGACCAGUGUUAGCACUGCCAGCAGCCGCCUUGAGGAUGCACCGUGAGGCCCGAGCAGAGGGACACCACCGAAGACCCCCCAAGUCACCGAGACCAAGGUCCUGCCUCUGUGCUCCAUGGUGCUUCACAACUCACUCAGAACACCCAGUCAAAUGGGAAUACUUUCAUUCAUACCUGUACUAAUACCAGGGUUUUAGGCCAAACUCCAAAAAGCAGCUUUUGAAAAACCUUGACCCUGUAGGCCACCCCGGGCAGACGGGGGAAUCUCCCCUUUAGGGGGGUCAAGUCGGCCAGCCCUGUUCACACAGGCUUCCGUCAGUAAGAGGGAAUCCCCAGCUGAGGGCCUGCCUGGGACCUGAACCUCUGUCCUGUGGCACCGUCAAAACUGUGGCUGAGAUCAACAUUCAGGAAAGGAGCCUAAGCAACACCCCUAUUCUCCCUCCUCCGGACACUCAGUUCCCUGAACGUUGAUGCGAAGUCUGGUCCGAAGAAAGCUACGGACCUGGACUCUCUCACAAUGCCUCUUCCCUGCAGAACUUCCUGCCUUUGAAGAACCAAAGCUUUCAAAGCCCUUAGUCUUGAUGUAAAAAGUGGUCCUUUCUGAAAUGUUUCUGCAUCUUCGGUUAUUUAUUUAUUUAUUUAUUUAUUUAGCCAUUCUGCUAGCAGAUGGUCACAGCAGGACUGUGUCACAGGAGUAACUUCUUCCACAACUCAGCAGAGACCAAUUCCAGCUUUCCGGACAGACCAGUGUGCUGCUUUGUAAGACAAUAGGCGCAGUUUCCCUCCUUGCCUUGGCUUGGAGGAGGCUCAGAGCUCCAUUAGCUAGUUUUGCCUUUGCCCCAAGCUGUCAGAAAUCCUUAUUUCUGGGGUCAACGUGCAUCUUCCAAAUUUUUUUUUUCAGACUUUUAUGUAACUGUAAUCCUUUAUCUUGCAUAGCUGUAAAUUCUUUUUGCAAAGAAGUGGCAGAAUUAAUGUAAACACACAAAUACC